AUGGAGUGGAAGGAGAAGUGCGAGUCGUGGAACGGCGAGACGGACCUGCUACUGGUGGACAUCGCUGACGCUACGUUGAACGGGGAGAGGGGCCUCCUGGUGGGUACUGGUGAUGAUUCGCGGAAAGGGGAGAUGGACCUCCUGGUCGAUAUCGGCGGUAGUUCAAAUGGCACAGAAGGCGAGUCGCGGAGUGGGGAGGGUGACUUCCUCCGCGGCUUCGGCGACGAUGACACCGACACAAAUGAGAAGGAAGAAGGCGAGUCACGGGUGGGGGAGACUGACGACUUCCUUCUGGAUACCGCCGGCGAAGACGGCACGGACACAAAUGAGAAUGAAGAAUGCAAGUCACGGAAGGGAGAGGCUGACGACUUCCUUCUGGACACCGCCGGGGAACAUGGCACGGACACAAAUGGGAACGAACAAGGCGAGUCAUGGGAGGGAGAGACUGAAGACUUCUUGCUGGACUUUGCCGGCGAAGACGGCACGGAGAUAAAUGGGAAAGAAGAAGGCGAGUCACGGAAGGGAGACACUGAAGACUUCCUGUUCCUGCUGGACAUCGCCGGCGAAGACGGCACAGACACAAAUGAGAAUGGGGAGUCACGGAGGGGCGAGACUGAUGAUUUCCGGGUUGACGUCGACCAACGGGAGAGCACAGAUUCGAGAUCGGAGGCGUAA